GAAACGUACGGUCACGUGACAACCAUCAACUAUUCACUUGUGUGUAUAGAAUAGUAUAGAUUAGUACUGGAAAGAUGGGGAAGCAAUGCGAUGCAUUUGACUAAUAAUUAUGAACAUAAAAAAGAAUGGAAAAAAAAAAAAAGGUUUUCAUCGUUUUCCUGUGAACAAUCCAAAGCUAUGUAAAGAAUGGGUUGUCAAACUGAAACGAAAAAACUUCACUGCAAGUGUACACUCUGUAAUAGUGUAAUAUGUUCAGAGCAUUUUGAGGAGGACUGUUUUAUUUACCAGCCUUUUACAAAUCGCAGACUUCUAAAGCCUGGUGCUGUGCCGACCAAGUUUUCUUUUUCCAAAAGUACACCAAGCCGAAAAAAGACCAAAUAUGAAUUUAGACAACCUCUUUUACCCCAGGACACCACCAUUGAGGAGAAGACUAGAGAUGUCACUGUGCAAACUAAUGAAGACUUUAUUACAGAUCUUCUAAAGAGGGUAAAUACUUUGGAACCAGGCAAUGCUAGCCUUCUGGAAGAAGUUGCUCAGUUGAAAUUGUGUUAUGACUCUUUGAAACUAAAAGGAGAUAACUUUUUUUGUUUAAGUAGCUGUUUAGAAGACAAAUUAUUGUUAUGACUUAUGAAUUUUAGCAACAUUUAAAUUUAAAAUUGGUGUGUAUAUAUUUUAUUAAUAUUUAUUAAUAUAAACUUUUUUAUUAUGUACUUCUACAGAUCAGUGCCCAAAAAUAUUAAAUAUUAUUUCCUUAUUUA